AUGAACUCCUAUCCUCCAGAGCUGCUGGUGCAACUCGCUCCUGUUAUGUUCGUAGCCGGCCUGGACGCUCCUCCUCCACCUGCAAAACCCCCUGCAACUCCCGUUAGUCCUCAGCCUCCCACACCGUCCACCCCGCAAGCGCGGCAGGAUCCCUUCCAGGUUCUCACCAGCCGGCUCAGAGAUGCAUUGUUUGCGCAACGAAAAGUUGCGAUCUGGCAACCCGAGAAAGCCAAGACCUUCCAGGUCAUCUUCGUUGAGCAGCAGGACGUACCAUUCCCACCGCGCAAAAUGCUCCGUCCAGAAGAACCCCAGUAUAGCUCGUCGCAUUCCCCACUCUCGCCCCUCACUCCGUCCUCGCCUCUACAUCCAGACGGUAUCAUCGCGCCCAUAUGGAUCCGGAAGCACACGACCCUCGUGCCAUCAGUCUUCGUGGUUUUCAUGCGGAUAUAUGAGUCCCCUACAGAGCAAGAUUCACGGGAGAGAGAGGCGGAGGAGAAACUGAGGGAUACGGAGCUUGCGGCACAGAUCGCUCAGCGGAAGAAGAGCACCAGUGAGCGCAACAUCAAGCUCACCGCGGUGCUCAUGGCGAGUCGGAAGAUGCUCGACGAUCCCACCCUAGACGGACGGCUGACUUACAUUCGUCGACAAAGCGGCCUCGACCCUCGCGCUGCCCUGUUCGUCCUGAGCCCGGUUUCCCAGGCGGAGAUUGGAGAUUUCGUGCGCAGCCUGCAAGACGCACUAUACGAGCCUGCCAUUGAUUAUUACACUAAUCACUCCAAGCGUGUUCGACGGAAGCGAAAUAGGCACUCACAAUCAAGCUCGUACUCCAUUCCUCACACGCCGUUAGCAAGCGCGGGCAUUGCCCGUCCGUUGCGACCUGAAGGUUGGACGGUGCGAUAUGAGUACAAGAUGGCUUGUUUUGCGGAGUUUCGCGGGGAAGAUCAGGUCGCGCUCAAACACUACCAAGACGCGUAUUCGACGCUGAACAUCAUGUUCGGAUCCACCGCCAUCCUCCCACCACGCACGAAGCGAUGGGCUGAAGCGAAAGUUCUUGCGGAUUGCAUUAAUGUCAAGAUCGUCAAGUUGUACUUGUACAAUAACGAGCAUGCUCUCGCGCUCUCAAACCAGAACAGUCACAUGCGCAAGUUCGCCGACUUCUCCAGAGGUUGGGGCAUUGGGGAGGAGACCUUCGAGUUUUGGAGCUGGCUUGCCCGACAACAUCGGGUGUUCGCCGAGCUUCUUGAGCAUGGUACCCGAUCGACGCUCAAGAUCCCGUCCCCAUACCCGCCUCCAGCUCCGUCAGCCGCGUUGAUGGCCGCACAAGCGUUGGAUCAGUCUCAACUUGGUCUAGACAGCAUGCGCGUGUUGGGAUUGAAUCCCAACCAGGCGCUUCAGCACCCGGGAUUCUAUCACUAUAUGGCUGCCCGGUGUACAGAGCGCCGUCGGGAGCGGUUCCUAGCCGCGAUGGAGGCCGAGGGGGAGUCGAACGCGCCUGGCCUCGCGAAUGAACGCAAGGUGGACCAUUUGACGAUCGUGUUGGAGCUGUACACACGUUCGUAUGAGCUGUUCAAGAAGUGGAGUCCGCAAACCAACCAGAGCCCGGGGCGGCUGACCUUGUGGAUUGCGUAUCGCAUCGCGCAGACCUACUAUGAGUCGGGCAAGUUCGACAUGGCCGUUCGGUUCUUCGAGCGCAUCGCAAAGACGUACCGCAGAGAACGAUGGGGUCCGCUUCUGCACCCUCUGCUCACGCAGUGGUACAAAUGUGCACAGCAACUCGGCGAUGUGGAUCUGAGCGUUCGGUUGCUCAUCGAGAUGCUCGGACAUGGCGCAGCUGCUUCAGCGGAAGAUCCGGAUGCUCUGCAAGACGACCUUCUCGCGGUUCUCCAGAGUACCGUGCCUUCAGCUCAAGAUGAGCCACUUGUCGUCGACCUGUCGGAGUCUAAGCCGCUGUUGGAUGUUGCGGCCGUCUUUUGGGAAUCCGAAGUUGAUGUCGACGUACCGGCUCCAUUCCAAAUCCAGCUGUCUUCACAACACAACGUUUCUCUGUCCUCCAUAUCCUUCACCUCCCUUGCCAUCCACUUCAGCACAGACUUGCCGCCCAUCAUUCUCCAGCAUAUACAGGACGAUCCGGACGCCGAGAUCGCUGCAGUACACCGGGUCGACCUGGGCCACAUCGCCGUCUCGUCGACGCCCGCCGAGUCCAAGGAGAUCAAGACCGUGCUCAAGUGGGGCCCCGGGACCACCAUCGUGUUGACCGGGAGCGUGUCCUCAGCCGUCCCCACGCCCAUAUCCGUAACCAAAGUGGUGGUGACGAUUAAGGAACGCAGCUGGUGGAUUGAGGUUCCUCUCACUCCGGCGGCGGUGGGCGCACAGAUGACAUCCCCCAAGUGGCUUUCCUCCCUCACUCCCGUGCGCUACACCCCAUUGCGCCGGGAGGACCACUCGGCCGUGCGCGUGCGGUUCCGCCCGCACCAGAUCCAGGUAACAAUCGUCCACGAGGGGCCGGCGUAUCUGGGCGAAGAGUUCCCCAUCGAAAUCAACGUGACGAACGUGGACGAUCGCGAGCUCGACGUUGUUGUGGACGUCCUCUUGCAGCCAUCGGACAUCGAUGAGAGUGUCAACUAUGUCGCCAUGGAUGAACAGAAGUCCACGAGCCUGAUCAAGGCCAUCGCCUGCGGCGAGCGCGUCAUCGACAUCUCCAUCCAGUCGCACCAAGGCACCCCGCCCCCGUUGUCUCCUGUGACACCAGACACCCCGACAUCGUCUGCCCCCAUCGACCGCACGGAGACGCUGCGGACGAUCACCCUGGAGGCGGUCCAUGCGUUCAAUGUCGAGCACUCCGUGGUGUACCGGCGACCAACGAAGGCGCAGCCAGGGCUCGUGAACCUGGCGAUGUUUGAUGGGAACGUGAGGGACGAGGCGAGUGUGAUGGAGGCGUUGGUCGCGAGCUCGUUGGUCGUCGCUGCACCAUCUGGGUUGGAGAUUGAGGGGGUCGUACUUCAUCGGAAGAACAGCGACCUUGCGUCGGUGGAGCAAUGUUCCGUUGAUGAUGAAGACUUCAGCGGUGAGUGGCUUAUGGGUGACGAGCUUUGCGAUCGUUGCCUCGUCUCAGUCAUUCCCGACGAGAACGACCUGGAUGCACCCAUUCCAGGGCCAGGGGAGUACGAAGUAACAUGGCGUAGAUUAUUGCCAAAUGGAGAGCGCGGUGCCCCCGCAACAUCCCGUUUCCCCCUCCCCCUACUACGCCCUCCCACCGACGACCUCAUCGCGCUUCUCGACGCCCCUACCGCAGCGCGCCUGCACCAGCCGAUCCCGCUCCGGCUGACGAUCCGCAACCGGCACCCGACACGCUCGGCGAACGUGACGGUGCAACUGGAGCAGGACCCCGCGGACGCGUUCGUCGUCGCCGGGCUCCGGCACGGACGCGUCCCCAUCCUGCUCCCUGGCACGGAGGAGAGCGUGACGUGGAACCUGAUCGCGAUCGAGUGUGGGUUCGUGCGUGUGCCGCGCGUGCGGGUGCUUGACCGGCGGAGCGCGGUGCAGAUCGCGGGGCAGGGGCCGGGCGCGGAGGGUGUGCAGGCAGAGGGCGAAGAGGUGAAGAUGGUGGAUGUGAGGUGGGAUGCGCGGCCGGAGCCGGAGGAGAGUGGUUCGGAAGAUUCGGACGACGAUGGAGUGGCGGUGAGGGCGAAGGGUCAGAAUGUGUUCGUGCUAGUGGUGCCGUGA